CACAAACAAAGCAAGAGUAACAGACGGAGAAUGAGAAGUGUUGUGAGAUGUGCUUGUUUAAACGGUUUUCCAUUGGAUCAAAACGAGAGUGUUUGCAGGUAAACGCUACAACAUGAAUGUGUCUAAGGAGAGAGAGCAUGGGGUCUCUUCCUCUGAAGUCACUCUAUCUGAUCCACAUGACAACAAGACCAGAGCUGUGCACCCACAGACACAGGAGAGACCAGACUCACCUGGACCUCCCUGUGUGUCCUCAAGGAGUGACUGGUCAAUGUCUGAACCCAUUCAGUUCAAGAACAUGGGGCCAAGUGUUGAGCUAAGAUUUCCACGGAUGAGGUCAGUGGUCAUCAAAGGGAGGCCUGCAAAGAAACAUCCACAACAUCUGGACUCCAUUUUCAUGCUUCUUGAGGAGAGCAUUGUGACAUUUGUGAAGAAGGAGUUGAAGAAGUUCAAGCGAGUUCUAGAAAGUUCAGAACGCUUAGAGGGGCUGAAAGAAGAGGAUGAUUCUCUGGAAGGUGAAGACGAAGAGCAGGGAAGCAGCAACAGAGAUGCAUUUCUGACACUCACACUCAACUUCCUGAGGAACAUGCAGCAGGAAGAGCUGGCUGACUCUCUACAGAGCAGAAGUCUUAUUUCGAUUUGCCAACGUAAACUGAAGUCUAAACUGAAGGAAAAGUUUCAGUGUUUGUUUGAAGGAAUUGCUAAAGCAGGAAACCCAACAUUUCUGAAUAGUAUCUUCACAGAACUCUUCAUCACAGAGGGGGAAGGUAGAAAGGUCAGUUCAGAAACAACAAUUAGACAUGAGGAUAUUUUUAAACCUUUACCUGGAAGAGAGACACCAGUCAGGACUCUGGUGACAAAGGGAGGGGCUGGCAUUGGGAAAACCGUCUUUACGCAGAAGUACAUCCUGGACUGGGCUGAAGGCAAAGCCAACCACAAUAUACAGUUUAUCUUUCCAUUCACUUUCAGAGAGCUCAAUUUGCUAAAAGCAGAAAAAUACAGCUUGGUGGAACUUCUUCAUCACGUCUUUACUGAAACCAAAGAAGCAGGAAUCUGCAGGUUUGAUGAGUUCCAGGUUGUGUUCAUCUUUGACGGCCUGGACGAGUUUCGACUUCCCCUGGACUUCCAAAACAAUGAAAUACUCACUGAUGUUACCAUGCCAACUUCAGUUGGAGUGCUGCUGACAAACCUCAUUAGAGGUAAGUUGCUUCCCACUGCUCGCCUCUGGAUAACAACACGACCUGCAGCAGCCAAUCAGCUCCCUCCUGAGUGUGUUGACAUGGUGACAGAGGUGAAAGGCUUCAAUGACCCACAGAAGGAGGAAUACUUCAGGAAGAGAUUCAGCGAUAAAGGGCACGCCAGCAAAAUCAUCUCCCACGUCGAGGCAUCAAGAAGCCUCCACAUCAUGUGCCACAUCCCAGUCUUUUGCUGGAUCACUGCUACAGUUCUGGACCACGUCUUGAAAAACAGAGAGAGGGCAGAGCUGCCCGAGACCCUGACUGAGAUGUACAUCCACUUCCUUGUGGUUCAGACCAAACAGUGGAAUGUAAAGUAUCAUGGAAGUGCGGCAACAGAUCAAGUCUGGACCACAGAAACCAAGGAGACCAUUCUCACUCUGGGAAAACUGGCUUUUGAGCAGUUGGAAAACGGAAACCUCAUCUUCUAUGAAGCAGACCUAAAAGAGUUUGGCAUUGAUAUAAAAGCUGCGUCAGUCUUCUCAGGACUUUUUACAGAGAUCUUCGAAGAUGGCUUUGGACUGAACCAGGACAAGAUGUUCUGUUUUGUCCAUCUGUCAGUUCAGGAGUUUUUUGCUGCACUCUAUGUCUUCCUGACAUUCAGCAACACUGGCAUUGAUCUCCUGAAAAAAAGGCGAUUCCCCUCAGUGCAGAGUGUGCCAUUACAACGUGAGUUUCACUUCACUCUCUACAAGACUGCAGUGGACAAGGCUUUAGAGAGUCCAAAUGGACACCUGGACUUGUUUGUCCGCUUCCUUCUGGGCCUUUCACUGGAAACCAAUCAGAAACUCCUACAAGGCUUGCUGAAAAAAGGGGAAAGUAAACAAGAAGUCAAAGGGAGGCUGCUGCAGUACAUCAAGAACAAGAUCAAGGACAGUCCUCCAGAGAGGAGCAUGAAUCUCUUCCACUAUCUGAAAGAGUUGAACGACAGUUCACUAGUGGAGGAGAUCCAGCAGUACCUGAGAUGCGGGAAUGUCUUUGGAAAGAAUCUCUCGCCUUCACAGUGGUCAGUGCUGGUUUUCAUCCUAAUGUCAUCGCAAAAGGAUCUGGACGCACUUGACCUGAGGAAAUUAUUUUCUUCUGAGGAGGGUUUUCAAAGGCUGCUGCCAGUUGUCAAAGCAUCCAACGCCGCUCUGUUGAGUGGCUGUAACCUCUCGUGGAGAAGUUGUGAAGCUCUGGUCUCAGUUCUCACUUCCAAGAACCGUAGCCUGAGAAAGCUGGACCUGAGCCACAAUGACUUGCAGGAUGGAGGAGUUAUGCUGCUCUCAGCUGGACUGAGGAGUUCACACAGUAGACUAGAGAUUCUUGGGCUGUCAGGCUGCAUGGUCAGAGAGAAAGGCUGUGAGAUUCUGGCUUCAGUUCUGAAGUCUAACCGCUAUCUGAGAGAGCUGGAUCUGAGCUACAACCACCCUGGAGACUCAGGAGUGGCCCAGCUACAUGCUCUACUGGAUGACCCAUGCUGUAAACUGAUUGACCAUUGUGGAGAGCUUCGGCUGAAACCGGCACCUCUUAGGUAUUUCUGUGACCUUUCUCUGGACCCAAACACAGCAGAAAGAAACCUCUUCCUGUGUGACAACAACAGAAGAGCGCUGGUGGGGAAAGAGAAGCAGCCGUAUCCUGAUCAUCCAGAGAGAUUCUACAGCUGGAAACAGGUGCUGUGUAGUGAAGGUCUGACUGGGCGCUGUUACUGGGAGGUCCUGUGGAAAGGAAGGGUUCAUAUAGGUGUGACAUACAGGGGAAUCAACAGGAGAGGUGACAGCGAUGACUGCUGUAUUGGAUGGAACGAUCAGUCCUGGAGUCUGCUCUGCACCGAUCAGAGUUACACGGCCUGGCACAGUAACACACCUGAAGACACAGAAAAAGCCCCCUGCGGCAAGAAGGUAGCAGUGUAUCUGGACUGGCCUGCUGGCACUUUGGCCUUCUACUGUCUCCCCUCCAUUUUCUCUUCAGACAAACGGAUCCACCUCUUCACCUUCCACACGACCUUCUCUGAGCCCCUCUACCCCGCGUUUGGGUUUGGACGAAUGCGUGAGGGUGCAAAGGAUUUAAGAUCCACACAUCCCUCAGUUUGUCUGUCACAGAUUGAACAAUCCCCUCCAAACUGAGAUGUCUUAAGACAGUACCUUAAGAAGAACAAAUUGUGUAGAAAAAGUUACCUUUACAGCUGAAAUCAUUCAUAUGAGCUCACAGAAACAUGAGCCAGUCAAAAGAUUUAAAAGCAGACUUUAAAGGAAACUCUUAGCAUGUGGCAUGUUGUGGAUAUAAACAAAUAAUGUGGCAAUGCUAAGUUAAAAAGCUAAAGAGACACAAAUCCUAUUCUUAAGCCAAUAUAGAUGGUAAAAAGAGAAGCCAAGAUAAGAUACGCUUUAUACAAACAUGUGUGCACAUACACAAAUAGCAUUGACUGUUCAAACUACAAUUUACAUAACAGAGUUGACCUGUGUGUAAUUGGAAGGGUCAGUGAAGGUUUGGGUGAACCACUUAUUAAGGGGGUCUGGUUAUGGGUAAUAUCAUUCUUGUAAACAGUGUAUUUAACAGAAAAGGACAAGGAGGUAUAUCUGUCCCAAUGUAUUUAAAGGUCCCCUAUUAUGCAAAAUGCACUUUUUAAUUUCUUUAAUAGAUGUAUAUAUAUAUAUAUAUGUCUCCCCUGUGAAGAGACACAGAACGUUUCAGAAAAAAAUGUUGUCUCUUUCCCUCCUGAUCCAAGUGUGUUAGGUGAGUUAGGUUUCAGGUUCAUACGUGACGUAAAAUUCAUCUUUGACGUCAUUUGUGGGUUGUACGGCAUUAGCAACAAACCAACCACUGUCAGCCCCGCCCACCCUCUUACCUGAAUCUCCUCCCGCAGCCCCUCUGUGUGUCUGUGUAUUUUUGGUUGAAACAGAGGGGUUUAUGUCAUGCUAUGAUUCAUAAUCUAUUAGGUAUUUUGAGCCAAACACUUCAAAGACAUGUUUUGUAUAUAUCUGACACCUAUAAUAUAUUGUUGAAAUACACUAUUAUAUGUGACCUUGAAAUGAUGGCAAUUGUCCUACCAGCUGGCCUUCAAUACUUAGGAGCUGGAAAAGAGGUGGUUGUGAUUUAGAGCGAUACAUUCAAAACAGAAUCAGUACAUGUUAUACACUAUAUUAUUAUAUAAACUCAAAUUUGUAUUUAGAAAUGUAAUACAUAUAGUUUCUUUUACCUUUUUGCAUUCUUAAUUUGUGUGUGUCUUAUUUUAAGUUCAAUAUUGAUCUAGAAAUCUGCACAGCAACUACAAUCUAAAUCUAUUCAGUUUCAUCAGAACUCUUUACAUGAUUGUAUAUUUGAUAUGAAUAUGUAAUAUAAAGGAUUUUAUUGCUUUAUGUCCAGAUAUUAUGACUUUAGCAAUUUAUUUAUGAAAACAAGCUGCCGGCAGAUAUUAAGUGCAAUCUUGAGAGCAAAUUAAAAUGGACAAUGAUCCAAGCUUACUUUUUAAACGCAUAUUUUUUGCACACUUUUUGCUAUUUCCUCUUUUUUUGCUGUCAUGCACCGAAACUCCACAUUCCUAAUAUAUGUAUACCUACUUGGCAGUAAAUCUAAUUCGGGAGUAAUUAAAAAAUAAAGAUUAUUUUACAGUUUUUCUCGAUUGCUAACACAAUAUUAUACAGUGUUGUAUAAAAGUAAGUUCACCACAGUACAUUGUG